GGUAGCCGGAUAAAAUGCCAUCCAGGUGGUGAGGGGGGGGAAGCCAGGAUUCUCAGGUGGCGGGUCACAGUCCAGAGGGUGGGUCGCACAUACCCGCUCCCGGAGCCACGACCACGUUUGUCCGUAAGCAGUCCGGCUGCUGGCGGUAGCGCCGGGACAGCGCCGGGCAGGCGGCCAUGGCGCGGUACAACUGCUCAGAAGGUUCAUAUGUGACCUUGAUGUGCUCGACGGAUUUGUGCGAUGAGCUGUGCCACGUUGUCCAGGUGAACGAUCUGAAUGCAACCCUGGCUCUGCAGCCCCCGUGGAGAUCAGCGGACUUCUACAUCGGCCUCGCCUUGGCCACCUUCUCCAGCUUCCUCAUCGGGAUCAGCGUCAUCCUGAAGAAGAAGGGGCUGCUGCGGUUAGCACAAGUAGGCAAUGUCAGAGCAGGGGAAGGUGGUCAUGGCUACCUGAAGGAUUGGAUGUGGUGGGCUGGCCUAUUGACCAUGGGCGCUGGAGAAGCGAUGAACUUUGCUGCGUACGCCUUCGCUCCUGCAACAGUCGUCACUCCUCUCGGAGCACUUAGUGUCCUCAUCAGUGCCAUCCUGUCUUCCUACCUCCUACAGGAGUGUCUCAACCUGCUGGGGAAGCUGGGAUGUGUGCUUUGCAUCCUGGGCUCGACAGUGAUGGUGAUUCACGCUCCGCAGGAGGAGAAAGUGAAGACCCUGGAAGAAAUGGCGCAGAAACUCAAAGAUCCAGGGUUCCUGGUGUUUGCGUGCCUCUUACUGAUGGCCGUGCUGAUCCUCAUCUUCUACGCUGCUCCCAGGCAUGGACACGAAAACGUCCUGGUCUAUAUCGCUAUCUGCUCCCUCAUUGGUGCCUUCUCCGUCUCCUCUGUGAAAGGGAUUGACAUUGCCAUCAGAGGGUGUUUCGAUAACCUGCCAGUGUACAGACACCCGCUAACGUGGAUUCUCAUCCUCUCCCUGCUGGCCUCCAUCAUCACACAGGUCAACUACUUGAACAAGUCCCUGGACACUUUCAACACAUCCGUCGUCUACCCCAUUUAUUAUGUGUUCUUCACCACAGUGGUUAUCACCACCUCUGUCAUCCUGUUCAAAGAGUGGUACAGCAUGUCUGCAGUGGACAUUGUGGGCACCAUUGCUGGCUUUGGAACCAUUGUUCUAGGUGUCUUCAUGCUUCAUGUCUUCAAAGAUCUAAACUUCAGUCUCAAGAACCUGCCGCAAGCCCUUAAGGCAAAGGAAAUGGUGUCUGUGGCUCCCAUGCUAAAACUAGAUGACAAACACAUCCUAAUAGAAAGCACAGACAAUGCCGUGUUCACAGAAGAUAGGUCUCGGGUCUUUGUAAUUUAUGGGUGAAAGAGGUUUAAGUGCAACUAUGAAAGCCAGACUGGAGUGGACUGGGACACACCUAAUGAUUUGAUGCCGCAGCUCUGUGUACACAAGCAGGAUUAUUUCCUGCGAUUAAUAGCCCGGGGUUUCACGGAUGAAACAUCGGACCAGCCCACAGGAUCGCAUUCAGUGUCCAACCAAAGCCUAUGUUGCAUUUGGAAGCCGCUGAUCCAACCCAGACCAGGUCUGACCCAAUACAUCCUCUACAGACAACCACAAUCUGCACAAUCCAUGUUGAGUGGGGUUUCAAUUAGUUUAUUGCUGGAGCUUUACGCCAGAUCAGCCCUUCUCUGGUCAGAAUUGCCAACAUAUCCGGUUAUACAGUCAGGCCUGUGGCCAACUGGCAGUAACCAGGGCACUCUAAAUGUUAUAACUUUACAGCUCUCUGUACUGGGUGAAAAUCUCUCUGUUGCAAACAUGCAAUUUAUCAAAUUUACCAGUCUCUUCCCAUUUACACAAAGCUGACGUGACCAGACCCUCUGACGUGCUUGCAGGUUUAGAGUUGUUUGCCUGUUUGUUCAGGGGGGGGGG